AUGGGCGGCGUGACGCAGUUGAUGUUUGUAGAUGAGUACCUCUUGCUGAGCGGCCAUCGCAAAGAUCAGUAUCUCCGGAUGUGGGACCUUCGCAUGCUGGGAGAUUCUCAAAAGGCGUUGCUGAACCGAUUUCCGCGACAGGUGCGCACGCACCAGCGGAUGCUCUUCGGGAUUCAGGGCGACCUUGUCAGCUUUGGAGAUGACCAGGGUGCUGUGCGGCUCUUCUCUUUGAGCUCCUUCGAGGAGCUUGUGUCUUUUCCCGCACACCAGCGGCCCUGCACUGCCGCUACGCUUCGAAGGGAGAGCACGAAUGGGAAGAGUGGUGACCUUUUGAGGCGAGUUCCGGGAGUGGUGACGUAA